AAAGAUAAUUUUAUAAUUAGUAUACAUAAUGAAAAAUUGUGAUAGUAUCUUGUUAGUUGUUUAUUUACAUAUGAUGAAAUUUUACAGAAUUUUUAUUUUUUUAUUUUUCAGUCAUGUCUGGCUUGCAAUGGAUGAUGAUGGCCAGAAACAGAGACUGCUUGACGUAAUAGGAGAUCCCCAUUUACUAGAAACAUUCUUAGAAAAUUUUCCCAGCUCGAGUUUUCCCACUGAUGGUGGUCUCCUCUGGCAGGGCUUAGACUCUCCUCGCUUCGACAAUGUGACCUCCUCCACGGAUUCCGGGCUGGUUAGCAGUUGCCUAGACAGUCAUGUUUUCGAUGGCCAGUUCCUUGGUCAAGUGCGAGGGGGUAGUCAUCCCCUCAACCAUUCACAGGUGCCCACUCAUGUGUUGCAGCAGGUCCUACCCUCACCUACACUUCCCACUGGACCUCAGGGGGCACCACACCAGCAACAUCACCAAGCACAACAGCAGCAGCAACCACAAGACCAACAGCAACACCAACAGCCACAGUCACAACAGCAACAACACCAGCAGCAGCAGCAGCAACAGCAGCAGCAGCAACAGCAACAGCAGCAACAGCAGCUUCAACAGCAGCAGCAGCAUCAGCAUCAUCAUCAGCAUACUCAUCAGCAGCAGCAAAAUGUAGCACUUCAAACAUCUGGGGCUCCACUUGUAGUUGGAGCCCCAAACAGUAGUGGAGGAGAAGGAAAUAGGGAGAAUGACCAUCCAACUCUACAGCAACUACUGGCAUUUCCAUCCCAACAAACACCACAGCCACAAAGUCAGCCACAACCUCAGCAGCAGCAUCAGCAGAAUGCUGGAAAUGUAGGCCAUGGUUUACCCUCAGCAAUACUCAACACUAGUGCAUCUCGUCAUCCCUCCAUACAACAAGCUUCACAAUCACAGCAGCAGCUCUCGGUACAGCCCUCUCCUCGCACUGUUUCUGUCAGACCACAGGCAUCACCAGCAACUAAAGGCAGCCAGAGUGUUCUUCAAAGCACUCCUCAACCUACUACUCAGGUUAUAUCUCAGACUCCAGCCCAAAACUCUCCGCAAAUUAUGCAAGGUGGUGUUCAGCUUGUAGGUGGGUCGAACCAAGUUAUAACAUCAGGAGGACAAAUCCUAACAUCAGCUUCCCCUCAGCUUAUACAAGGCACUCAACUCCUCCAAGCACAUGGGUCCACACAGGUCUUGCCUACUGGUCAGCUGCUAUCGAAUGGACAAGUGUUGCAUAAUGGACAAGUCAUUCAGGGAGGCCAGGUGUUUCAUGGUCCACACCUGUUGCCUGGAGGGCAGUUAUUACAAGGUGGACAAGUUAUACAAGGCGGCCAAGUUCUUCAUGGAGGACAGCUUAUCCAGGGUGGCCAGGUGAUCAAUGGUAGUCAGCUGAUUGCCACUACCACACACAUGGCAACCAGUGGUGUAUCCGGAUUAGGUGCAGCUUCUGCACCAUUAUAUGUCACACCAAGUACACAAGCAAUUCAGCAGCAGCAACAGCAAACUCAUGCUGUCACAUUACAUCAAGCAGUUCAGCCUCCAACCCCAACUGCUUCACCAUUUUCUGUACUGAGCAAAUCUCCUGGAGCAGGACUGCCCCGCACAUCACCGAGCCCCUCGCCGUAUCAUCCAACAACGCCAUCACCACACCCAGCUGUACAAAGUCCUGCUCCAUACACGACACGUUCUCCAGCACCCUCUCCUCAUAGCAAUGCUAUGCGGUCACCUGCCCCACCUACCCCAUCUCCUGCUGCUACACCAACCCCACAAACGCAUAAUAUUACUACAAUAUCACAGCAACAGCCAACUGGAAUGAUUCAAGGUGUAAUGGGAAAUGUUGGGAUGGUGCAGAGUCUGAUGCCUCAGUUACCCCUGUCUCAGGUUGUUGGAUCAAAUGGCAUGGUGCUGCCUCAACCAGGAGUUCAACAAGCAACGGGGGGAAUGAAGCAAGUGGUUUCAGGAGGACAGUUAAUUCAAAUUGUGUCAUCACCUCAACCAACUCAACAAAGGCAACCUCUUACAACCCCUACACACAAACCGAUUCAACCAAAACAACCUCAGUUGCUACCGAAGCCUCCACAAGCUGCUGUUGUUGGUCAGCCUGCUCCACCACCACCAGGGAAGACCGUUAUGGGUGCUCGUCCCGUAACACCGGGGGGCCAGCAACCUAUUGUAAUAGGAGCACCAGGACAACAGCCAACAAUGAUGGCUGGACAACAAGGACUUGGAGGGUUUGUUAUUAAUCCCUCCUUACUUCAAUCAAGUCUUCAACAGCCUAUCCUUAUUCAGCAACCAAAUGGUGUGCUACUGGUUAGACCAUCGGGGCCAUCUGGAGCAGGGGGAGCACCUGGUCAAGCUCUAUUGGUCCCCAUGACAGGCCAGCACCAGAUGAUGAAUGCAGGGGCUAAACAUGGUCAACACCAGACUGUAGUGUUCCCAAGCAAUGGACCGGGAGGACCAGCUUAUGUGCUCCCACCAAAUGGGGCAUCAGGCUUAGGUGGUCCUGGGGUGAUGGGUGCACAGGGUUCACGUGGGCAUCAACCCAUUAUUCGAUUAGUAGCACCACAAGCUCCACUGCAGUUACAACAAAUCCAGACUCCUAAUGGACCUACUUUAGUAGCUGUACCAGCAGGUCAGACAGUCAAUUUGCAAGGUUUAUUAGCAGCUGGAGGUGCCACAAUGCGCACUUUAGCCCCACACAUGACUUCAGGUCCCCUACAACUUGCUCCCUCAUCAGUAGCUUCUAAUAUGACUCCUGUGGUGAGCAUGGGCCAUAUACAAAUGUCAGGGGGUGGGCAGCAACUUCAUGUGUCUGUUCCAGGGGCACCCCUUCAGCUGGCCUCCUCCCUCCCUUCCUCCCUCCCAUCUGUGAUAACCACCACUAAGCAAACUGUGAUAGAUGAAAGUGUGGCUCCUGCGUCCAUUGUGACAGCUUCUGAGGCUGGAACCCAUCAUCAAACUAUAACAGACUCUAAUAAAAAUACAAAGAAAAAGUCUAAAAAGAAAAAAAAGGAAAAAGAACCAAAAGAUGACAAAAUGAAAGGCAGAGGAACAUCAAUAAAUUUAAAUGAUAUUCUAAAAGAAACUGGAAUUGUUGGCGAUUUGAUGCUUUUCGACGACAAUGAACUUGGCUUAGGAGGGGAAGGAAUGGAGGGGGUGCAGGCCACAGCCCCGGCACCUCCACCACAGGUUAAUCCAGCAAUGGUAACUCAAGCACCCGUAUCGCUACCCGCCCCCGACAAUGGUGCUAGUUAUACAACGACGGGUGAAAACACCGGCCAUAUUGUAGUUGGUUCCUCGCAGCAGCACACACUGAUGGGAAUGGGCGGCUCUCUUGUGACGGGAACAGUGGUAACCAGCUCUCCAUCAGCUGGGAUAAUGACCAAUGCUGGCAUGCACGGUGGAAUGAGUUUCACGUUGGAUCCUAGUGGCAAAUUUAUCCUGGGCUCUGAUCCAACCAAGGCUCAUCUUGGAACCCCCACAGGAACAGCUACCCAGGUGGGGGGUUUGAUGAUACCUUCGUGCCAGUCACAGGUGCAGGUGAUCAGUGGAGCAAGUGUGGGACUGACAUCUUCCAUAUGCAAUGUAGCCAGUAGUGGGAAUGUGGCUAAUGUGAUGAGCUGUGGAAUGCCUACCGUCAUGGCCGGCAGCACAGGUACGGGAGUGGUUGGGCAAAAUGCCCUUCCUACCAUGGGUUCCUUACCAUCCUUCACUCAGCUCUUGACUCCCCCAACACAAGUUGCUUCCAAUGUUGUGGUUCAUGGUGCAGGUGUCACUACAAAAACUAAGCAUAUUCAGUUACAACAGACUGCUUCUAAGUUAACUCAAAUAACAACCAAGAACCAAACAGGAGCAGAUAUCUGUAGGGUAGCUCAGAACACUCAUCUGUUACAGGCACUGCACCUCCCUGCUUCAGAAAAGCCAACUCAUGCACCCAAUGGACAACCCUUUCUCACAUCAUUGUUUUCAGGGCAACAUCCAGGAAAUGGCAACAGUAUGGAGCAAUCGGGUGUUUCAGUGCAGGUGUCUGUUGCAGAUAGUGGACCUAUGCUCACUGUGGUUAGUGUGGGAGGUGUUAUGAGCUUACCCGACGGUAUGGUGUCUACUGGUACAACUUUUUCCUCGCCAGCUCCUCUUAGCAUACUGGUGCCCAGUCAAGCUAGCCAAGUGCCUCAGAGUUCUGCUGUGAUUGCGUCUUCUAGUGCUACAAACAAUAUUGUGUCUGGUGCUAUUAUAAGCCACAAACAGUUCGUUUCCAACUCUGCUCUCAUUCCACAACCUAGUGUAACGUAUACUAAUGCAGAAAGUGUGCCAGUGUCGCGAGGCCAUUCCCAGAUUGUAACUGCGUUGCAGCCAGAUAAUGUUCCUAGUCAAACAAGUAAUCAGUGUUCGUUUGUGACCAAAAAUGUUGAAGGCGGUAAUAAAACUCUCAGCUUUCAGAAUGAAUAUGUUGCUACUAUUCAAAGAGGUCAAAAUAUUAUAGAUAAUAAUAAAAAUAAAUCAAAAUCUAAUAAAAAGAAAAAGAAAGAUAGAGAGACUGAAUCUGUUUCAACAUCCACUACAAGUCCAGUGAUGGUUAAACAGAGUUUACAAGAGCGUUUAAAGUCGAACACGUGUACCAGUACAAGUGGAACCCAACAGCAACUGUGUUUGACGCCUAUACCUAAUGGGUUUAGUGGUCCUGCCGUUAAAACCGUAUCUCAAAGCGUUGGAAGCUCUACCCCUCCUGGCGCCUUGCCGCUUUCUGUAGUUGAAACUGGUGUCCAGAGUGAUAAUACAUCUGCAGUGGGGCCAACCAUCUCUGCUGCUCCUCCAGUGUCUAUCAUACCUUCCAUAACCAGUGCUGCCACAGCAACAGUUCAAGCGCCGUCGGCACCGACCACACCAACCGUAACAACCGCCACCACAUCUCAUCCACCUUCAGGAGUAGUAUUUACUGGGCCUAAGCAGCAAUUUAAACAAGUCAAGCACCUUAUACUUUCACAACAAAAUCAAGAGGCUCUAAAGAAAGUUCAUUCACAAAUCCAAGCUCUCCAGAACAAGAAGACUGAUCAGGAUACAGCGUGUCUCCAGCAGCUCUUUACAGAAUACCGGAAGAUUAUGGCAACAGGAAAACACGUUACUGUUACCACAACGCCACAACAACCUCAAAUAACUCCAACUCCAAGUCAGCCCACACCUGUACGCUACUCUCAUCCGGUGGGACAUAAGAUCAUCACACUGACUCAGUUCAAACAGCAAAUUAAACAUUUACCUCAGGUAGGAUUGUCUACAGAGUUAUACCCCUGUAUAUACCCUCCUCCUCCUCCUGCUGCAGUUGCUGCUGCUGCUGCUGUUGCUGCUGCUGCUGCUGCUGCUGCUGUUGCUGUUCCUCCUCCUCCUUCUCCAGCCAUUCACAUACCAGCACCUCAUCACUCUCCCAUUCCACAGGUUUCUUCAAGUGUAAGUUCAAGUAAAGGAAGUUUAAGUCCAGGAGCUGGAGCCAGCAUGCCCACCAUCACCACGUCGGCUUCUUCACCAACGGUGCCCACAACCUCUACCACCGUGUCUAAUUGUAGCACCAGCAAUACCCUUAACUAUUCUAGCAAAAUGACUCCCCCUCAGUGCUCUCCGGUAUCCUCCACUACACCGGCUGUCAGUCACGUUAAUGCCUUGGGGUCUUCUCCGAAGUCGUUAGUGCAGCCAGGGAUGGUGUUGCCUUCGCAGGCUUCGCCUCACCCCAGCUCAACGUCCGGAGUUCAAGAACAGUCCCCGAGCCAGACUAAGGCACCGUUAGCUUACAGCAUUACAAAGGAACAACUAUUUGAACAUCAGCUGAAGACUGACCAGAAUGGUGCUCUAAAUCCCGAUUAUCGUAAUCCAUUUAAAAAUAAAAUUGAUGCCUGUAAGCGUCUAAUCCGUUACCACGUGUUCAGUGAAUGUGCUCCGACGCCUCGGGAGUUGGCAGACUCCAAUGCUCAGUUUGAAUUACAAGCUGAAUCUCUUUUGAAAAAGUUUAAUAACAUGAAAUACAAAUAUCAAUCUCUCUUGAUCAAGGAUAGUAUGCGUCGUCAUGCGUCGUCAGAAACAGUGAUGCUGUACCGACUAUUUGUGCAGGAAGAUAAGACGAACAUUGAGAGGGAGAAAGCUGAUGUCCAGAAUGGGAAGAUAAUAGAUGUGCCACCAGGCCGAGUGUGCCGCACCAGUGGGGACACGUUGCCUCCUGACACACCUUAUCCUUGGGAACUAGAAUGGCAAAACCAAAAGAUCUACAAAUUUGAACCAUGGCAUAAAGAUGAGGAAGUGGAGGAGGAGGAUGAGGAAGAGGAAGAGGUAGAAGAAGUGGAGGAGGACGAGGAGCAGGAAGAUGAGGCGGAAGAACAUAAUCAAAACAACGGAAAGGAAGACAGCUUGAAGAUGGCUGUACAAGGUCAAGUGAAAGAGGAAGUGAAGCAGGAGGACAAGGAGGAAGAAGUACUAGAGGAUGAGAAGAGAGAAGCAAAGGCAAUAAAAGAAGAAACUGUUGAAGAACAUCAAGAGAAAGUGGUAGAAGUGGAGAAGGAGGAGGAGGAGGAGGAAGAGGAGGAGGAAGAAGAAAGUUAUAAAGAUUAUACAAAACUUGAGACUGAUGAAAAUGAUCUUAACGAGUUUGACGAUGACCAGGAAGGAGAAGCAUGCCUCCAGAUAUUUAUGAAGGAGGAGGAUGAGGAGGAGGAGGAGGAAGAUGAAGAAGAAGAACAACAACAACAAAAUCCAGGCAAAAGAAAGGAAGAGGAUAAAAGAGAACAAAGAUCUCCGGGUGCUAAGUUUGAGUGUCGUGAGCUAAGGAGUGACUCUGACAAUACAGAUGAUAAUAGUAAAAAGGAGUCUGAACACGAGGAGGGGUUAGUGAUUUGUGAUAAAGAAUUAGUGUCGAAUAGUAUACAAAAUAGUCCAGUAGAUAAUGAAGCGGCUGUGGUAGGUUACCCUAGGGAAACGUGGACGAAUUGUGACGAAAAUAUAAUAAGCAGACACUCUGAUCAAUCUCAUUCACCUGAUAUUCCUAGAACUCACAAUAAUAUUUCUAAAUCUAUUUCGUCUCCAAAUUUUGAAACGAGUGAAAAUAAUUUGUGUAAACAGACACAUUCACCUUCUUUAAGAAUAGUGACUGAUAGGACAGACAAAGAUAAAAGAAGGGAAAAAGUGGAAAAAGAUUAUAAGAAAAAAUCAGAUAGGGGUAAAGAUAAAGAUAAGGAGAGAGGACGAGACAGAGAGAAGGAAGAUAGGCCGCCUAAAAAACUGAAAAUCAAGGCCCUGGUGCCGCCUCUUCGCAUCAGGACUGACGAGAGGAGUAUCGGGCUCAAAUUAACGUUGAAAAAGCAAGAAGGUUCGGGGGCUUAUUACAGUGUAGGGGAGGAAAGAAAGCGGGAAUACCGAGUGGAACAAAAUGAAGACGAGGAGGAGGAGGACGAGUUGGAGGAUAUGGUUGUGAGACAGUUUGACGGGGAGGAGGAGGACGACGAGGAUGCCGAUGGAGACGGGCACGGUCUAAAAGAAGUGAAAGUAGUUCUUCAAGAUGUACUCAAAGACAAAAGGUUUAAAAAGCAAAUUGAGGAACGAAGUAGUAAAAAGAGAAGACGAGAAAAAGGUGACGAUAGAGGUGAUAGAAAUGAAAAAAGUGAUAGAAAUGAUAGAUAUAAUCCCCAUUGGUCAAAUUAUGCCCAACAGCUCCAUCCAAGUGAAGGAGAGAAAAAUUUUUCACAAUCUUCAAACCAUGAAAAUAGAACUUGGAACCACAACAUUGGUGGUAUUGAGUGGCGGAGAAGUGGCGGUGAAGGUGCUUCCAGCAUAGAUAAUUCUAGUGAUCACAGAACAAGAGAAUAUAGUCCUCGUUUAUAUACGUAUAAUGAUCAUUAUAGCCACGAGUAUACCAGCCGCCAUAAUCACUCUCAGCCAUAUGGGCAUUCUGGUAGUCAACCAAGAAACUCGCAUAGUUAUUAUUGAUAUAUUUCUUAUAAAUUUUUUAUGCAGAAAUUUUUUAUUCUAAUUUAUAAAACUUUUAACAUAAUCUUUACAUUAUGUCCUUUGCUGUAUUAAUAUAUAGCACAAAUACUCAAUGUUUAAGUUCACAAAAUUAGUUUUUAUGUGAAUUAACUUCUUUUACAUCUCAAGUUUGACACUGUAUUUGAUGGUUGUUAAACAUGUCCAUUUCAGUGUCAUUCGGUUUAACUUUAAAUUUCUUAAUCUAUAAAAAAAUUUGAGUGUGAUUGCUUUCUUUAUUAUUUAUAUGUCAUAUCAGCCUUCAUGCCUCUUUCUUUAUAUUGAAUCUAGUCUUUGCCCAUCUACCCCUCUGGACUGUAAAUAGCCAGAUAAUAAUUGCUCAGUAGAGAGUGACUUGUUGAAGAGUGAGUCCUUAUUGGUGACUCAAGUUCAUGGUUACUAUUAUAUUGGUGAGGUGAGCCUUAGUGGAAUGUUUACUAAGGGUCACUGUGGCUAAGCAAUUAACGGUAACAGAUGUAGGAACUUGGUCGUCCUGGAGGCAUCUUAAUAUGGGAAAUUGGAUUAAUAUUUUCCCAUAUGAUUGUCGAAUACGGCAGAAGAAUUUUUAAUACUUAAAAGCCCUGUGGUGUACCUAUGUUUCAGUAGGUGUAAAUGUUUUAUAGGAUCCUAUUAUAGUAAUUUAAAAUGA